ACGCAUCACAACCUUGCCAAUCUUCAGAAAACACUCCUUUCCAUCCGACGAAAUGAUAGAACCCUCUGAAGACUCAUUUGAGACGAUGAUGGAGCAUAAGAAUCCAUCAUCAAAACAAAUGGAGUCCUCCGAGGGCUCAUCCAACACCACCGUGGAGACAUCUGGCAGCGGAGUGCAGGAAGCAGCAGGGCCAGCCAAGCACCCGGCCCAGGAAAGAGAGGAGCCGCCCAGUGGCUCAGUGCAGGAAGGGGAAGAGCUGCCCACUGAUCUACUCCAAGACAUGGAGGAGCCAUCCAGUGGCCCACAUAGGGAAAUAGAGGAUCCACCCAAUGACCUACUCCAAGACAUGGAGGAGUCAUGCAAUGGUUCACACCAGGCGGUGGAGGAUCCACUCAGUGAAGCAUCUGAUAAGAUGAAAGAAGCAUCAGUAAACCCAUCUAGAGCCCAGCAGGCACAAGAAGCUAACACUGACCUGAACGAAUCGAGAAGGGAGGAGAAUCCUGAAGAAGAGCACAGCCAAACCGAGUCCCCUACCACAGAAGUCAUGGCCACGAUGAGGUCCAUCAUCUCCCUGUACUUCCGCAUGCAAGACCUCAAAGAGCAACAAAGGGUGGCAGAAGAGAUCUUGGUCAGAGGGAUCAGUGCAGGCCGACUACCUGCACCCAAAAAUUUCUCUGGCGAUCGCAGAGAAUUCCAUGAGUUUAUCGUGCUCUGCCAGCUGACCUUACAAAGCUACCCAAGAAUGUUCUAUAGUGACCACCUGAGAGUUGGGUAUGUCAUCAGCCACCUCUCUGGCUUGGCCUUAGAAUGGGCCAAAGCACUGCUACAGAAAAACAGUCCCCUAAUGGGAGACUUCCCAGCCUUUCUGGAGGCCAUGUCAGAAGUGUUCGAAUACCGGCAGACACUGCGUGUGGCAGAAGAGGCCAUGUUAAAUAUCAGGCAGGGGAAUCGCUCUGCCGCCGAGUACAUCAAUGAGUUUCAGAGCCUGGUACCCACCCUGCGCUGGCCAGACGAAGUCCUGCAAGCCCACCUCUGUCAAGGGCUCAAUGAGGAGAUCAGGCAUUAUCUAUUUCGGGUCCCUCAGCCGGAUUCCCUGGAGAGUCUGACUGUGCUCGUCCUGCAAAUAGAAGAAAAACUGGCAGAGAGAAGAGCAGUGCUUAGGCUGCCCCCUGAGGCCCGCCCACGGAACCUGACCUGGAUUGACUCACCUGCUCCAGAGAGGUGGAUGGUCAGCAGCUGGCUGCCCAGUGAAGUCCACCCAGGCAUCAAUCGAGCCCAUCUCUUCCUGCUGCUCAUGGUGAGGGUGAACCCCUACCACAGCGUAGCAGUCCAGGCCCUAGUUGAUUCAGGAGCAGAUGGCAACUUCAUGGAUGAGAAGUUUGCCCAAGAGCACUAUGUUGAGCUUUAUGAGAAGCCUUACCCACAGUCGAUCCAGACUGUGGAUGGCUCCCUGAUCGGUGACGAGCCUGUCUGGCUCUACACUGAGCCCCUGGUGUGUAUUCACCAGAACCACCAAGAGUCUAUCGAAUUUGACAUCGUACCUUCACCUAACUUCUCCGUAGUCCUGGGCAUCCGCUGGCUCCGAGUCCAUGCCCCUGAAGUUGACUGGAUCAAAGGCCGCUGCACCUUCCACUCUCCCUACUGCCUGAAGAACUGCUUCCGCCCGCCGCCCCCAUGCAUCGCCCUGGAGAGACACGGCAUGAGCCUGCUACCCGGACUGCCACACCCAUACUCAGACCUGGCCGACGUGUUUAACCCGAAGGAAGCAGAUGAUGAGACUUCCGACCAGCCAAGCUCAGACGGAUCCGAUGAUCUUUCUGAAUCAGAGCCCUCUGAGCUUCAGCAGGCUGGAGACAGUGAUCGCGAGACGUUUUACGAAUGUUCCUCGACUGCGUCUUGGGAACCUGUGCGUGCCAGGGUGCAAGAAAGAGCCAAACCACAGGAAGAAUGCUGGGAUCUGCAAGACAUGCUGACUGACAAACAGGACUACAUACAGAUGAUUCCAGAACUAUUUGACCAGUUACACGGAGCUACAUGGUUCACAAAACUGGUGCUGCGAGGGACCAUUGUGGAGGAAAGCGUGAACAUACAUGGCACAGAAGAUAUAUGGAAAGCAGCAUUUGGUUUGGAGAUUCAAGAUAUGAAGAGUUACCAGCCCUUUGCCCUAUCUCCAGACCCUAUUAUACCCCAGAACGUGAUUCACUUCGUCCUCAAGGACAUUCUAGGUUUCUGUGUGAUCUCCUAUGCUCAGGAAGUCCUGAUCUACUCAAUGUCUCAGGAGGAACACCUGCAACAUGUCCGCCAGAUCCUGGUCCGCUUUCGGCAUCACCGCAUCUACUGCUCCCUGGACAAGAGCCAGUUCCACCGGCACACCGCAGAAUUCCUGGGAUUCGUCAUAACCCCCAAAGGGGUGAAAAUGAACAAGAGCAUCAUGGAUGUCAUAACAGCAUACCCCAUCCCUGGCUCCAAGAAGACCCUACAAAACCUAAUGGAGCUCGUCCUCCCCUACCGGCACUUUGUUGAACGUUUCGCUAUCAUCACAGAACCCCUGGUGAGGCUGGUGCUGAGCACCCAGGAAUUCCGCUGGGGAGAUGAAGAGCAGGAGGCCUUUGAAUGCCUGAAGCGGGCUUUCCGCAAGUCACCACUUCUCUGCCACCCCAAGCCCCAGAACCCAUUCUACUUGGAAAUAGGUAUCACUGGAACGGCUCUGUACACCUCUCUAAUCCAAAUAGACGACCAGACUGGCAAGAGAGUCUCCUGUGCUUUCUACUCCCGAAGCCUCUCCCCAAUUGAGGUCGAAUACUCUCAAGUAGAGAUGAAGAUUCUUCCAAUACGGGCUGCCUUCAUGGUGUGGUGCCGCUACCUGGAGAACACCGAGGAGCCCAUCAUGAUCCUUCUCAAAACGGAGGAUCUAGCCUCUCUGAAUAAUGACAGGCUCACCGUACUUCUCCCGGGGCAUUGGGUCUUCUUCUUCUCGCACUUCAACUUUGACGUCAUGGAGCUGCCAGAACAGGAUGGCGGCCGACCUCUACCACCAGGAAGAAACCAUGGACAGAGAGCUUUCCGGAGGAACACUAGACCACACCUGCUCUUGGCCAUGAGGGGCUCCCCCGGGGACCAGUCAACAGAAUCCGGGGAAGAAGAGAAUGAAGACCAGGAUGAGCCAAAUGAGCAGACCCUCGUGCAGGAACUACUGGCUAUGAUACCCAUCGACCAAAUACUCAACAGCAUUCUUGCCCACUUCAGCAUGGCCCAGAUCAGGGCAGUGAUCCUACAUUUCUUCAGGGGCCUCCUAUACUGGAAGAAUGUGCUAGCCCUGGCAGCCCUCCUCGUGUUGCUGAGGGCACGUCAGUGUCUCUCCCUGCCACGAGCCCCCACCAUGCAGGUGGCUCGGCCCCAACCGCAGCGCUCCCUGCGACUCAUCCUGGAUUCAUCCCUCCUCUCGGGUAGCAGCAUCACGACAGCCAUCGCUCAGUUGCUCACCCAGAUGCCCCCUCUUGGGGGCGUGAACAGCAUCCCUGCCCGGGAGCUGGCCGAGCUGUUCCUAGGCCCUGACCGCUGGCAGCGAAAUGCACUUAGUUCCCCAACCUCCGGAGGACUGCAGUUGACCACAGGAUUCUGGCUGAUGCUGUGUGAGUUCUUUGGUGUUAGAGUCACCCCCCAAGAAGGCAGCCAUGCUGCCCCACGUGAGAACAGGUACUUGGAGCUGCACGUCGUUGGUGAUGAGGAUGUCGUCUUGCGAGAAGCCCUGCAAGACGACCUGCAACGUUACCGUCAGUGUGGCCUGCAUGACGGCCUGCAAGACACCUCGCAGGACGAGCAGGACAACGACGUGCAGGAGGCCCUGCCAAGCGACAAUGCCGUCGCCCUUCCAUUCCGCCCACGCCACCUGAUGGAUCCCGAAGUUCUCGAGUUCCUCAACAAUCGCCUACUCUACAUUUGCAGCACCGAUGGCCAACUGCACCUGCUCAGCCGGGAGCAGGCUGCCAGGGCUCUGAGCCGCUUCCUGACCCUGAUCUGCUCACAGGCCCUGCCCCUGGCCCAGCCCAGGGAAGAGGCACAGCUGGAAGAGCUGCCCCACCAGGACGAAGAUGCUGAAGACACGGACCUUGACUAAAAAUUCCUCCUCCUGUCCAGCCAGGAGGUCCCUCCUUCUCUGGCCCCCAGCACCCCUGUGCCUCAGCCUGCUUUGCUCAGACUUUGCACCCCCGGUCCUGCCACUCCUGACCCAAGGGGAACUCACUUGUGAAGGGCAAAAUUUCUUCAUCAACCAGCAACAUCAUCUGUGCUAACUAAUGGACA